CCAAAGAAGUGCAACAGUUUAUAAGCAAUUUCAAUGUAAUGCCCAUUGAUAUCAAUUACAGUAUAUUUGUUAAGGCAAUCAAUGGUGAAACAGAAGAUUAUAAAGAAACGUUUACGGAACCGGAGAUUUCAAUCAUGCGUAUAUGGCUUGUGGCGAAUGACUCGCAUAUUAACGGAAUCAUAGAACCGGGCGGAGAGAACUUGCGCUAUAUUUUCCAUAUGGACACCAAUACUGACACUAACUUUGACUUCAAUACUAAACCCUAUUCUGAUAUAUUGGCCAACGAUUUGGUCGCUAAUGUUAUUAAAGGAGAAAAAGUGGGAACUUAUAGACAUUUAAAACUUCCCAACGGUCACAUUCCAAUGGGACCUGAAAAGUUAUACCCCGAUUGUUUAUUGGGGUUUGAAUAUGUGGGCCGUAGAGCUGACACCGGGGAGCGAGUGAUGGGUUUAGAGUUCGGGCGCAUGUUUUGCAACUCAGUUAACGUAAUCGAUAAAUACAUGUCUUCUAUUCCGGAGCACUGGUCAAUGGCAGAGGCGGUGACUGUGUUGAGCACAUAUAGUACAGUACACUACGGGCUUAUCAAAAGGGCUACUCUUAGAAAAGGCGAAAGUGUUUUAAUUCAUUCGGGAGCCGGAGGUGUGGGUCAGGCGGCUAUCAAUGUAUGCAAACACUAUGAAUGCGAUAUCUAUGCGACGGUAGAGACAGACAAAAAGAAACAGUUUUUAAUUAAUACACAUAAUAUUCCGGAGAAUCGGAUAUUCAUCUCAACUGAUUUACACUUUAAUGACGAGAUAAUGGAUGCGACGGACGGACAGGGAGUGGAUGUUGUUUUCAAUUCACUGAUGGGUGAGAAACUGAGCACAAGUUUUGAGUGUCUGGCGAUUAGCGGCCGAUUCGUACAAAUAGGCAGAUAUGAUACGAUUGACGGAAAACAGUUGCCAAUCAAUGACUCCAUUCGUGACAUACAAUUCACCACAAUUUUUAUGGAUUACGUUAUAAUGAAUGACAGCCACUAUUUGGACGAUUUUGACGGAAACCAAAAGUUCAGGAACCGGUCUAAUGAAUGUAAUGGCAGUCCUUUCACUUUCCUCGUCCCUCAUCUUCACAACAAUUUUCCCGAUGUGUUCACCGCUUGUCAUAUAACGAAACGCUUUGUCCGCAUCCUUGGCCUCAAACACCUUCUUAUGCAUCCAAUCAUAAAACUCGUCCAAAUAGUGGCUGUCAUUCAUUAUAACGUAAUCCAUAAAAAUUGUGGUGAAUUGUAUGUCACGAAUGGAGUCAUUGAUUGGCAACUGUUUUCCGUCAAUCGUAUCAUAUCUUCCUAUUUGUACGAAUCGGCCGCUAAUCGCCAGACACUCAAAACCUGUGCUCAGUUUCUCACCCAUCAG